AUGCAAAUUAUACAUAUAUUUACUCUUACAAAUAUACUUUCAGGAAAAGGAAAUACAAACGAUGGUAACACGGCAAGACGAUUUUCAGAAAAGAGCGCGGAAAUAACUGGAAUUAAUUUUACAUUACUUAAACGUUUUGGGAACAUAUUAUCUGUAAUUGCUAGUGGACGUGAAAUUAAUCCAAUUACGUUUGAUAAAUAUGCUUUGGCUACGGCUAAAUUGUCUGUACAUCUUUAUCCUUGGUACUAUAUGCCGGCAAGUGUAUACAAAAUACUUAUUCAUGGAGCUGAUGUAAUAAGAUUCGCCAUUCUGCCUAUUGGACAACAUUCUGAAGAAGCCCAAGAAUCUAUAAAUAAGGAUUACAAACGAAUAAGGCAAAAUCAUACAAGAAAAAAUAGUAGAUUAAAUACCAAUAAAGAUUUAAAGUACACAUACUACUCAUUAGAUCCUUACAUAUCGUCCAUAAAGAACUACCGAAUAAAUGUCGACUCACAUUCAGUGAUGAUUUACAAAACUUGUUUAUGUUUCCAGAAAACUCAGAUAAAACAUAUAAAAGAGAAGAACCCUGUCCUCUAUUACAAAGAACAAGGCGAUGAAAAAAUUGAAUAUUCAGCAAAUAAUGCACAAGAAGAUAGGAACAUCAUAUUGGUUAUAGCAAUUUAUUUUCAAUUAAGUAUAUGUUGGAAAAAUUUGACGAGUUUGGGAAUGGAAUUCCAACAGCAUUCUGUAUAUCAAAUAAAAAAAAUACUGCUACAACCCAGACUUGCUGCGCUUAAUCUAUUGGACCUAAUAUGA